UUCCGUUCUUAUCAAUCCGUCCAAAGAAUCACGGAACUGAUACAACGGGAGCGAAAAUGGCAAAUCGGGCUGCCAAAACAAUUGUGUGAUUCUCUUGAAAAAGAAAUGGAGAGCAUCUCAAGCCGACUGGAUAAACUGACAAAGGAUUUUACGACGUAGUUGGAGACUUGAAAGUUAAAGGAACUUCUCCGAAUUUUUCGCUAGUUUUAAAGGAGACAGUGUCAGGAAAAACAGAAAAUACAGGCAGAGUCUAAGAGUGGCAGGACGAAGAGUUUUCAGAAGGCGUUUUUCUCUUUAGUGUGAGGAUGGAAAGCAUCAUCCCCAGAUUAUCAGUGGAUUUUUAAAAGAAUGGAAGACUGAGACCCACCUUCAGAACUUUUCUUCCUCACUCUUGAUCUGGGGCUGAUCAUGUGCUUCAGCAUUCUAUUGGGCAGGUCUGGCAGAAGGAACAGGCAUCAAUUGAUUGGGCCACAUCACCUGUUGAAAUGGUCAUCUCAUUAGCCAACGGAUUGAGUAGAAGACAAUGUAUAUAAAAAUAUGCAAGAAUCACAGGAAACCCACAUAUCCAACCACCUAGAUGAAAUUGUUGCUGCUGUCAGCAUCACUCCAAGACAGAAGAUCCAUAACAAGUUGCCUCAGACAGCGCUGUUCCAGCUUCCCCGAGAGAAACUCCACCUCUGUGAAGAGAAAGCAAAAUCCUACACCAGCAGUCACAAUCAUAAACAGGCUAUCCAUGAGCUUGUGCGUUGUGUAGCACUGACAAGAAUUUGCUAUGGUGACUCACAUUGGAAACUAGCAGAGGCCCAUGUUAAUCUGGCUCAAGGCUACCUCCAGCUGAAAGGACUGUCACUGCAAGCAAAACACCAUGCAGAAAAAGCCAAAGAAAUCCUCAUCGCAUCCAUUGUGCCUCCCUAUAACGACGAUACAGAUGUUUUCAGGUGCUCUGUUGAGCUUUUCCAUACCAUGGGGAGAGCCUUCCUCGCUCUCCAAAAAUUCAAAGAAGCUUCAGAAAACUUGGGGAAAGCAGAGAGACUUUCAAAGGAGCUACUACAAUGUGAAAGAAUUAUAAAGGAAGAAUGGAUAGAAAUUCAAGCCCGGGUCAAAUUGUCAUUUGGACAGGUGUAUCAAGGUCAAAAGAAAUCAAAAGAAGCUUUGCCCCACUAUCAAAAAGCUUUGGAAUAUCUUGAGAUUGGUAAAGGUGAAAAAAGUCUUGAGUGUGUGCCAGUAUUGAGGGAAUUAGCAGGUGUAGAGCAAGUCCUGGGAUUCCACGAUGCAGCCAUCAACCAUUUCCUACAGGCACAUCUCAUCAUCCAGAGCAGAAACCCCUCUCAAGAGGAAGCAGCGGACUCUGCAUACUUUGUCGCCCAUGCUGCCCUCGCUUCUGGGUGGUCCAAGCACCACGAUGUGGCUGAGCAGUACUUUCAAGAGAGCAUGGCUCAUCUUAAGGAUUCUGAAGGGCCAGGGAGAGCCAAAUUUUUUUCAAUUCAAGAUGAAUUUUGCCAGUUUCUACAAAUGACUGGACAAAAAGAGAGAGCAACCACAAUCCUGAAAGAGUCCCUGGAAGCCAAAGUGAGAGCAUUUGGCGAUUUCAGUCCCGAGGUGGCAGAGACAUACCAGUUCCUGAGUGGGGCAGACGUGGCACAGGGGAACUACAGCGGGGCCCACAGGAAACUGAGGAAGUGUCUUCAGAUUCAGACCCUCUUAUACGGAGCAAAGGACAAGAGGACUUUGGCCACCAAGCAGACUGUGGACAUCCUGUCCAAGGCCCCUGAAGUCGCCAUGAAGCCAAGGCAGGCUGCAAAAGCCAAAGUGGCCUUCUGUACCGGGGCCCCUCAGCACACCAUGCUGGGGAAGGCCAGGCCCAACGCAGCAGACUGAGAUCUCACCCCUACCCCCAAAGAAAGCUGUGGGCAGGACAGGGCACUGUCAUUUAGGGUGUUAUACAAAUUUCUCUCCAAGAUGGAAUUCAACAGUCAGGGUACAGAUUUUCACAGCCAACUGUUUGCUGCAACAUGCACAGUGACACCAUGAAGCCCUCAUGGCCACAGGGGGGACAGUAGUUGCCCUUCAGGUGAUCUGGUACUUCUAUAAAACAUUUCUAUUUUUAUCACCUAAGAGGUUCUUCUUGUCAACAGGAAUUUUUACUCAUCAGAGAUCUACUGUGGCUAAAAGUCUUAUCUUCAAAUGUUGUACAGGAAAGUAUAUUUGGCAUUCACUUGUACACAGAGUCCCUUGCAUAGGUCUGGGGUCAGAUUUGGAACAGUGUAACUCUGGAAAAAAUCCUUUCUUAUAGGAAGCUAAUAAGGAUUGAACAUAGAAUGAGAAUGAAAUGCCAAUAAAGGGAAACUUGAAA